AUGGACAGUCCCUGCAGGCCCGACAGUCACCACAGAGACGGGAGCCACCCACAAGAGGAAGCCCAAAUCCAGGACGCUGGGCGGCACCCCUCCCCGGGCAGGGCGGGCCUGACUGUGUGCCCAGUUCAAGCGCUAGGACCAUGGGCUGCCCGAAGGGCCCGCAGAGGGGUGGGGGCCGCAUCUUCCCAGCGGUGCCCUCACCCCAGUGCCCCAGCGUCUGCGGCCCGCAGCCGCACCCACUUCCUCCACCGCCGGGGACCGCCUCCUCGGACCCAGGUUGGCACAAAGAGAGGCAAGCGGUCAAGGAUGGCAGGGGUCCGGCGGAGCCGCCCCCGGGCAGCAGGCUGGGCCCAUGAGAGAUCAAUGGGGAGCCACCGAGAGGAGGGGCUCCUACAGGAGCUAAGCCAGCUGGACCAAGAUGCAGGUGGCUCGGGCAGGGCCCAGGAAGGGGCAGAAAAGCCACCAGCUGGGCCAGAGCCUCUGACCACCCACUCUCCCGCAGAGCUGGACGAUGCUGACACCGCCAGGCCCCGGGCUGCCCUCCUGGAGAAGCGCCCGCUGGAGGGGGAGAAGCAGCCGCCCGGCACCGGGCAGGGCCCCUUCUUCUACAUCGGAGGCACCAACGGGGCCUCAAUAAUCAGCUCCUAUUGCAAAAGCAAGGGCUGGCAGCGCAUCCAGGACAGCGGGCGGGAAGACUACAAGCUCAGGUGGUGCGAGGUCAAGUGCAGGGACACCUACCGCAGCUUCCGGGAAGGCGAGCAGCUGCUGUACCAGCUCCCCAACAACCAGCUCCUCACCACCAAGAUCGGGCUUCUCAGCGCCCUGAGGGAGCACGCGCGGGUCCUCAGCAAGACCAGCAAGCCGGCCCCCUGCGCGCAGGCCAAAUCUGGAAAGGACACGACACCCGCCCCAGAAGAGCUCACGUGGAGCAGCCCAGGACGCCUUGGGCCACAGAGGGUCCUGAAAAUGGAAGACUUUUUCCCAGAGACCUACCGUCUGGACGUCAGAGAUGAGAGAGAGGCUUUCUUCACCCUCUUUGAUGAAACCCAGAUGUGGAUCUGCAAGCCCACCGCCUCCAACCAGGGCAAAGGCAUCUUUCUGCUCCGGAACCAGGAGGAAGUCGCCGCCCUCCAAGCCAAGACCCAGAGCAUCGAGGACGACCCCACCUACCGCAAGAUGCCCUUCCGGGCGCCUCAGGCGCGGGUCGUGCAGAGGUACAUCCAGAACCCACUGCUGCUGGACGGAAAGAAGUUCGACGUGCGCUCCUACCUGCUCAUCGCCUGCGCCAUGCCCUACAUGGUCUUCUUCGGCCACGGCUACGCUCGCCUCACCCUCGGCCUUUACGAUCCCCAUUCCAGCGACCUCGGUGGCCAUUUAACCAACCAGUUCAUGCAGAAGAAGAGCCCCUUGUACCUGCUGCUCAAGGACGACACGGUGUGGAGCAUGGAGCACCUUAACCGCUACAUCAACGACAAGUUCCGCGAGGCCAAGCGCCUCCCCCGGGACUGGGUCUUCACCACCUUCACGAAGCGGAUGCAGCAGAUCCUGGCCCACUGCUUCCUGUCUGUCAAAUCCAAGCUCAAGUGCAAGCUGGGCUACUUUGACCUCAUUGGCUGUGACUUCUUGAUCGAUGAAAACUUCAAGCUGUGAAGUCCUGAGAGAGGUGAUUCCAGGCGUGGUCAUGGAGACCCUGGG